UUCAAUAAUACACAUGAAGAAGCUUGAAAGUGGGCUCUGUGGCAAACCAAGCAGUGAGUCUAUUGACGGUGAAAGUUUUUGUCGGCUCCCACAUUCAUGCUGAGGGAGAUGUUGCUCUCCUGCGCGCGCGCGCACACACACACACACACACACACACACACAGACAGAGAGAGAGAGAGAGAGAGGCGCGUGCACAGGGGAAGCGCGCGUCAUUGUAAGAGAGCGCAUCGCUGGUCACAUCAGUUGCAUUCAGAUUUUUAUUAUUUAUAUAUAUUUUUUUUCUCAUGAACAGAAUGCUGCUCACUAAGGGAUGACAGAGGAAUUUUCUGACCGAAACAAAAUUUGCGGUCGUUUUCGGAGGCGUGUGCCCUCGUGCCCCUGCAAGUGUGAUCGAGUUAUGGCUGCCUUUAAGGGUGUAUGGACAAAGGGUUUUUGGCGAGCAGUGUCUGGAGAGUUUUUGGCCAUGUUGAUCUUUGUGCUGCUCAGUCUGGGGUCCACUAUCAACUGGGCAGCAACCACAAAGGACAGCACUCACCCUCCUGACCUCGUUCUCAUCUCUCUCUGUUUCGGUUUGUCCAUAGCCACACUCGUCCAGUGCUUCAGCCAAAUCAGUGGCGCCCACAUCAACCCGGCAGUCACAGUGGCCAUGGUGGUCACCCGAAAGCUGAGCCUGGCUAAGGGCAUUUUCUAUUUGGGAGCACAGUGUCUCGGGGCAAUGGUGGGAGCAGCUAUCCUGUAUGGUGUGACUCCUCCUGCUGUGAGAGGGAACCUGGGGGUCACCUCGGUCAGCGCUCAUAUCUCUUCUGGUCAUGCCCUGGUGGUUGAACUCUUCAUCACCUUUGAGCUUGUUUUCACCAUCUUUGCCACCUGCGACCCAAAGCGCACUGACCUGAAGGGCUCAGCAGCGCUGGCUAUCGGCCUGUCAGUGUGCAUCGGUCACCUUUUUGCUAUCCCCUACACUGGUGCCAGUAUGAAUCCUGCUCGCUCAUUCGGUCCUGCAGUCAUCACGGGACACUGGGAAAACCACUGGGUGUACUGGUUGGGUCCAUUAAUGGGAGGUGUCCUGGCAGCAGCCCUAUACGAGUACCUGUUCUGUCCUGACCCUGACCUGAAGAGACACUAUGCCAGCAUCAUCUCUAGGACCUCCUUUCCCACUGCUCAGUACAAAGGCAUGGAGCCAGGCACUUUCUCCAGUGACCAAACUCAGCUGAUGAUCAAGCAGCCAGCAUUCACAGUGUUCGAUGUGGAGCGUGCUGAGAGGAAGGAGAGAGAGACAGCUGGCGAGGUGCUGUCCUCUGUAUGACGAUUAAGGUGCACUGAGGAAGAAGAGCUGAGCUCUAGACACUACACCACCAGCCAGAUCAAAGAGACCGAACUGAUAUAGAGGUGUGUGUGUGUGUGUGUGUGUGUGUGUGUGUGUGUGUGUGUGUGUGUGUAUGUGUGUGUGUAAGGGCCCUGACACACCAAGCUGAUGAUGACUACCUCACAUGUUCUGUAAAAGUCCCACUCAGACAUACUGUAGUGUACAGCACAUGUUCUGUUUCUGUACAAAAGCAUAAAAUUAUCCACACCAGGACAUAGUAAUAAUGCGUAUUCUUUAUCAAAAAAAAUCAAAAACCUGAAUCAGCCAGUAGCACAAGUCUAUGUUCCUAGCACUGGCAUCAGUGCCUAUAGUGGCGAACUUUUAUACAGUGCUCUGCUUUAC